CUCCACCAUCCAAUCGCUCGGCGGGGAGGGCGGGGCUGCAGCUGCCUUCGCCGCCGCCUGCGGCUCUUUCUGGAGUGGGAAGCGAUGGAACAAAAGAAGCGCUGAGCGCGGCGGCGGCAGCAGCGCCCAGGCCGCGCCCGGUGCCCCCUGCCCCGCGUCACUCGGUGUCCCCGGCAGCGGCAUGGAGGGGACGCUGCCCCUCUAGGCUCCGCGGCGGCGGCAGUAGGACCCGGACCUAGCCGAGCCCCCCGCCCCCGGCCAUGCCGAGCGGCAGUGCCGCCGCCGCCGCCUGCCCCCAGGAGGAGCCCCCCGAGGCCCAGCGUCUGCCCCCGCCGCCGCCGCUGCUGCUGCUCCAGCAGCCGGACGCUCUGCUCCUGCGGGAGUGCCUGGCCGGGCUGGGCCUCCACGAUCACGGCCUAGCGGGCAGCGGGGAGGCGGCCGCCCGGCAGCAGGCCCGGGAGCGGCUGGCGGGGCUGCCCCCGCUGCCUGAUCCGGCGCGGGAGCCGGGGCCCGACGGGGCGGAGGAGGUCGAGGACGAAGGGGACCUGGAGCUGGAGGAGGAGCUGCUGGCGGAGGAAGAGGAGGAGGACCCGGCCUCGCUGCUGCUCUCCUCGUCCUCCUCUUCCUCGCCCUCGCAGCUGCCGCCGGGGGGGCCGCCGCCGCCUCACCCGCUGCUGCCCGGGCUCGGCUCCGUGUUGCUCUCCCCCGCCGCCGCCUUCGAUGCCCCGGAGCCGGCGGUGGCCGGGGUGCUGUACGGGGCGGACGAUCCCCAGGGCAUGAUGGCGGCGAUGCUGUCCCACGCCUACGGUGGCGGCCUAGGCGGGGGGCCGGCGGCGGCCCCGGCUCUGAACGGGGAGCAGGCGGCGCUGCUGCGGAGGAAGAGCGUCAACACCACCGAGUGUGUCCCGGUGCCCAGCUCCGAGCAUGUGGCCGAGAUCGUCGGCCGUCAGGGUUGCAAAAUAAAAGCAUUAAGGGCCAAGACGAAUACUUACAUUAAGACCCCUGUUCGUGGAGAAGAACCCAUUUUUGUCGUCACUGGACGAAAAGAGGAUGUAGCCAUGGCCAAAAGGGAAAUUCUCUCAGCAGCUGAACACUUCUCCAUGAUCAGAGCAUCACGCAACAAAAAUGGUCCUGCUCUGGGUGGGUUGCCAUGUACUCCCAACCUGCCAGGUCAGACUACAGUCCAAGUCCGGGUGCCUUACCGUGUAGUUGGGCUAGUGGUUGGACCCAAAGGAGCUACAAUCAAAAGAAUUCAGCAGCAGACACACACAUACAUCGUUACUCCCAGCAGAGACAAGGAGCCAGUCUUUGAGGUUACAGGGAUGCCUGAAAAUGUAGACCGUGCACGUGAAGAAAUAGAAAUGCAUAUUGCCAUGCGCACUGGAAACUACAUUGAGCUGAAUGAAGAAAAUGAUUUCCAUUACAAUGGUACAGAUGUGAGCUUUGAAGGCGGCACCCUAGGAUCUGCUUGGCUUACUUCCAAUCCUGUCCCUCCUAGCCGCACCAGAAUGAUUUCUAAUUAUAGAAAUGACAGCUCCAGCUCCUUAGGAAGUGGCUCCACUGAUUCCUAUUUUGGAAGCAAUAGAUUGGCUGACUUCAGCCCAACAAGUCCAUUCAGCACAGGAAACUUUUGGUUUGGAGAAACGUUGCCCUCAGUGGGCACAGAAGAUCUUGCAGUCGACUCUCCUGCGUAUGACUCCUUACCAACGCCUUCCCAAACUAUCUGGACCCCUUUUGAACCAGUAAACCCGCUAUCUGGCUUUGGUAGCGACCCUACUGGUAACAUGAAGACUCAGCGUCGAGGGAGUCAGCCAUCCACUCCUCGUCUGUCACCUACAUUUCCUGAAACUUUGGAACAUCCGCUUGCUAGGAGAGUGAGAAGUGACCCACCCAGUACAUGCAACCAGGUUGGCCUUCCAAUAUACAUCCCUGCUUUUUCUAAUGGUACCAACAGCUACUCCUCUUCCAAUGGUGGUUCCACAUCCAGUUCGCCACCCGAGUCUAGACGAAAGCAUGACUGUGUGAUAUGCUUUGAGAAUGAAGUUAUUGCUGCCCUAGUUCCUUGUGGCCACAAUCUCUUCUGUAUGGAAUGUGCCAACAAGAUCUGUGAAAAAGAAACUCCAUCAUGUCCAGUUUGCCAGACAGCUGUUACUCAGGCAAUCCAAAUUCACUCUUAAAUAUAUAUAGAUAUUAUAUAUGGACUUUUUAAACUCUUAAAGGCAUGGGUGUAAUGGUCUCUUCCCCUCCCACCCCCCAGUAAACUUCCUAAUUAAUUCUGACUGUUAUUGGGCUUUCUUGGGAUUAGGCUAAAGUUGUUAGUAAACUUUUAUACUUUCUAAAAGGCUGCUACGGUAACACUAAACCUAGAUGGUCUCUGUCCGGUUUGGUUUAAACAGAUGGCAUGUUUAUCAGAGAUACAUCUGGUAUAAGGCUAAGGCACAGUAGGCGGGAAACUUUAGAUCGAUUUCACAACCAAGAAAACAAAUGAAUUUUACAGGUUUUCUUAGUGAUCUGUAUUCAUGUUGGUAAUGUCUAUGUUCUGGAGGCAAUGAACCCCAUAGCCUAAACAGAGAAUUAGUCUGUACUGGAGGGUUCAUGGUAUGAUUGAUGUAUCAAAAAACACUUCCAAUGCUGCCUUCUUUACACUGCCAGUUUUGAAAUAGGUUUUGGGUUUUGUUUAGUUUUAUUUUUACAACAACUUAUGCCUAAUUCUUCAGUAUUGCAAAUAACUUUUUAAUGCACAGGGGUUUUUUUUAUUAUUUUUUUUCUCUUUUGAAUGGAUAAGGUUGUUGGCAGUUUUAAAUAGAUCACUGUUAAUUGGGGUGGGGGUGGGGAGGGAGGAAGAAACAGGACGGACUGCCAAAUUGACCUUCAUCUCACCCAGUUUGUGAACAAUGGUAUGUUCAGAGGAUCAGGAACGAUUUGGUCUCCUUCAUUGUGAAUUCCUACCCACUGCUUUUCUUAAUGGAAUGUGGAGUAGCCUGACGGUGGCAUGAUCCCAUUUCAGUAAGGGCUUUGGGGUGCACAUACUUUGGCUAAUAGUGAGGAUGCUAACAUUCCAUUCACUAGUCUGAUCAAGGUGUUCUUAAAUUACAUUUUAGCGAUUAUAUAGUUCAAAAUGUGAAGCAUUUUUAUGUUCAAUCCAUACUUGUCUUGCACAUUAUAUAAAUAUAUAUAUAUAUUUUAUUUUAGUAAUGUAAAGGAAAAAGGGGGAGGUGUGUAUGUGCUCGUGUAUAAUUCCUGAAAGCAGCUGCAACCAUGGCCCUUCAAUCAUUUUACGUCAUUUCAAAACUGUUUCCAAUCACAACAAAAGAUUGUUUCGAAUGUGCUGCUUACAUUUCAACCUGUGGAUGUCUCUAGCUUCUUCAUCCUCAGUAUGUUCCAAAAUCUGUGCUGGCAUAUGAAAAAAUGAAAACCCCCCCACACACAAAGUGGAAUUUUCUAUUAUUUUUUUAAGCGUUAUUUUCCCAAGACACACAGCUUUUUUUCCUCAGUAUAGCAAAACAAAUUCUAUGUAUUGAACUAGUAAAUAUACAGAAAUUUUAUUUUUUAUUUCCACUUGAAGAGUUACAUUUCGUAUAAAAGUUUACAAAUAAUGGUUUUUAUUUUACGAUUUUUUCAGUAUAAGAAUUGCCUUGAUGGCAUAUUAUGUAAUGCAUAACUUUAAUGCUAAUUGCUUGUAGAAUAGUUAAAUGUCAGUAUUGAAACCUAAUCUUUAGCUGCAGUCUUGUAGAUAUGAACAAAUGUUCACCAAGCAUGUAUUUUGUAUUUUAUUGCAUUGUACACUGCAACUAAUAAGCCAAGGAAUCGACAGAUAUUAGGUGCGUGUACCAUUUCUAUAAACCACAAACUAACAAUGACAAACUAUCAAUAUAGUUUAGUAUUUGCUAAUUUUACUACACUCUUUUUGUUAUGUAUAUGUAGGGAGGUCAUAGGGAUUAUAAAUUCAAUUUGAGUAAAGUUUAAAAACCAUAUAUUUUAUGAUAAAGGGCCUUUAACUUAUGAUGGCCAAAGCACUGAUAUUAUAUAUUUGCUGUAAAGAGAAUUAUAAGAGUUUUAUUUUUCUGAUAUUAAAAGUUACUUAAUAAAGACUUGUUUCCAUUAA